ACGUUGUUCGUGGAUUCUCGACCACGCUCUUUAUUUACCGCGCCAUUCCCCUCUGCAUCUCCGUUGGCGGCGCACUUCCCGAUCUCCCUCUCUCACAGAACUUGACGAGAAUUCUCCCAACAUCGUGAGCAUGGAUCAAAAGGGAGGCGCCUCAGAAGGCGCCCGCAACGCGGAUCCCGCCGAGCCCAGUGCCCCGCGCCCUGGGGUUCCGGAACGCACCGAGUCGGGUCUUCCGCCGCACCUUCGCCCUUCUGUUGUCGGUGUGCCCGUCACUCCUGGCAUCGCGCACGGGACCUACGAAGCCGAGACGAGGGCCAAGUCGGGCGCCGAUGGCGGAGAGAGUGGUAAACCGGAAGCCAGCUACUUCUCGAGGCGCGACGUCGACCAUGCGAUCGCGGAAUCGCCCGCCCCCGAUGCUACGAACCAAGAGGGCCAGUCCUUCGAGACCAAGCUCGAAGUCGGCAGACAAGAGGGCUCUAACUAUAUGCGUCGCGUGAGCAUUGCGGCCAUGGGAGGGCCUGCCGACGGUCCUUCUUCCUCCAGCAAUCCCCCGGACGGCGUUUUCAGCACACCCACUAGGGAGACCUUGGCCGAGAUUCGAGCCAUCUCCCCAGAUUUGGCGCUCACUGGGAACAUCAUCUCGGCUACAUUCAAUAUUCCACACUCUCUCAAGUAUCGCAAGGGUGCCGACUGGGAAUUGACUCCGCGCCGGGGCCAAUCGGCCUUAUUUGAUUCGUUCUCGUACCUCUCCUCCGACGAUUCGCCCUGGAACCACACGGUUGUUGCGUGGACUGGCGAAAUCGAGCAGUCGGCCGAGAUCUCCCCGCCGGACACUCCGCCGAGCACGACGCUCAAUGUUCGCCCGCUCAAUGUCCUCUCGAAGCCCGUGCCCGUCCAUGUGGACGCCAAGCGUCCCCCAACGCCUCCCGUGGUGGACGGCCUGUGGAUCCCAAAGGAGGACAUGCAGCGCCUGGAGAACCAGCUGUCGCACAAUAAGAACAUCAAGACUGUUCCCGUCUGGCUCGCCGACGAUGCCGAGGGCCACGACGACGGCAUCCGGCUGAGGGACCAGGCCCGAUGGAGGCGCUACGCCGAGCACGAACUCUACACUCUCUUCCACUACAAGCAACAUGAGCCGACGGACGGGCGCGCUGAGCGGGUGCAGUGGGCCGAUUACUUCCGCAUGAACCAGAAGUUUGCCAACAAGAUUCUCGAGAUUUACAAGCCGGGCGACAUUGUCAUCGUUCACGAUUACAACUUGAUGCUGCUCCCCAGCAUGCUGCGGCAGCGCGUCCCGCACAUGUACAUCGCAUUCUUCCUGCACUGCCCCUUCCCCAGCAGUGAGUUCCUCCGCUGCCUCCCGCGGCGCAAGGAGGUUCUGGAGGGCGUCCUGGGCGCCAACUUGGUUGGCUUCCAGAGCUACAGCUAUUCCCGGCACUUUGCCAGCUGCUGCACGCGCGUCCUCGGCUUCCCCUCCGAUAGCACCGGCGUGGACGCCUACGGAUCCCGCGUUGAAGUUGGCGUCUUCCCCAUUGGCAUUGACGCCACCAAGGUCGCCCGACUCGCAUGGACCGACUCGGUCACCGAGAAGUACGCGGCCCUCAAGAAGAUGUACGCCGGCAAGAAGAUCAUUGUCGGCCGCGAUCGUCUGGACAGCGUCCGGGGGGUUGCACAGAAGCUCAUGGCGUUUGAGCGAUUCCUCGAGAUGUUCCCCGAGUGGCGUGACAAGGUGGUUCUCAUCCAGGUCACUUCUCCCACCAACAUCGAAGAGGAGAAGGAGGACGCCGAGAAUAAGAUCUCGAGCCGCGUCAACGAGCUGGUCAUGAAAAUCAACGGCGCCUACGGUUCUCUUGGCUUCUCUCCCGUGCUGCACUAUCCCCAGUACAUCAGCCAGGAUGAGUACUUCGCCCUGCUGCGGGCGGCUGAUAUCGGCCUCAUCACCUCGGUGCGGGAUGGCAUGAACACCACGUCUCUGGAAUACGUGAUUUGCCAGCGCCAGUCCGCAGGCCCGCUCAUUCUUUCCGAGUUUAGCGGCACUGCUGGCUCGCUGAAGGACGCCAUUCACAUCAACCCCUGGAACCUCACUGCCGUGGCCGAGCAGAUCAACAAUGCCCUCACCAUGCCGCAGGACAGGCGCCAGGCCAUGGAGCAGAGCCUUCUCUCUCAUGUCACCAGCAAGAAUGUGCAGUUCUGGAUUGCCGGCUUCCUGCGCCGUUUGAUCACCAUCCUCGGCAGCAGAAAGAGCGUAACCGUCACGCCUCUCCUUGACCGGUCGGCCAUGCUCCGCAAGUACCGCGCCGCCAAGAAACGGCUGUUCAUGUUCGACUAUGAUGGCACGCUGACGCCCAUAGUCCGGGAGCCGAGUGCCGCAAUUCCCUCGGAGCGCGUCAUCACCAGCCUGAAGGCGCUGGCUGCGGAUCCCCGAAAUGCCGUCUGGAUCAUCUCGGGCCGCGAUCAGGAGUUCCUUACUCAACACCUUGGUCACAUCAAGGAGCUUGGCUUCAGCGCAGAGCACGGCAGCUUCAUGAGGCAGCCAGGCGCCACUGAGUGGGAGAACCUUGCCGACAAGUUUGAUAUGGGCUGGCAGAAGGAGGUGCUCGCAGUUUUCCAGAAGUACACCGACAGGGUGCCCGGAUCUUUUAUCGAGCAGAAGCGGUGCGCUCUCACCUGGCACUACCGCCUGGCCGACCCCGAGCAGGGAGUGCACAUGGCGCGCGAGUGCCACCACGAGCUGGACAAUACGGUCGGCCGGAAGUGGGACGUCGAGGUCAUGGCCGGCAAGGCUAAUCUCGAGGUUCGUCCGACCUUCAUCAACAAGGGGGAGAUCGCCAAGCGUCUCGUCAACACGUACAACGCGGAGCUCCGAAAAGCCGCUUCUGCAGGCGAAGCCGCCACCGGCGAGGACGCGCCUCCGAAUAAGAUCGAGUUCGUCCUCUGUAUGGGGGAUGACUUCACCGACGAGGACAUGUUCCGCGCCCUCAACGGGCUGCUCGAGCCCGCCAAGGGCCAGACGGAGCCCGAGGUGGAGACGGAGCAAUGUUUCACAGUCACGGUGGGCGCGAGCACCAAAGUCACGCUGGCCCGCUGGCACCUACUCGAGCCUGAGGACGUCAUUGAGUGUGUGGCGCUCCUUGCCGGGGUCGGGGGAGGUGGCACGGGUACGACCAAUGGUGGCGUGCUGAGCAUGGGCGAGGUCAACCUGGCAGCGCUGAGCGCCGUCGAGGACCACAUCCCCGAUCCGCUGUGACUGGCCCGCUCACGGCGGCUUGGGCGGGUGAAGAGCAAGAUUGUAGUUUGUUUUUCUUUUCUGCUGCUAAGGCUGGUGGGAUCCUCGCCCGUGGUGACGGUUGGUGUUUCUUUUUGGGGGGUUGCUGGGGAAAUAGCGCCUUGGUUUUUUUUUUUUAUUACUUCUCUUAGCGAUGACUUAAAGCUUGCGUGCAUGAAGAAGGGUUUGAGCAUGACAUGUGCCUGCCCGGUACGAGGGGGGCUCGGCUUGCCUGUCGCAAGCAUGGAUGGGACAUAGAGCUCGCUUCGCUUCCUGUCGUUAGAUGACGGGAAGCUCUCCUAUUGUUAGCCCCUGCCCCCAGCAGGGCUUGCGUUGCAUUUCUUGUCACGAAUAGAGGCGUACGACAUGUCCUCAAUGCAGAACACGCUUUGCACCCUCUGGGAAGAAUAUGGUGAUUGCCCGCUUUUCUGGAUUGACGUUCGGACUGUGCUGCCACUAAUUAGGUCAAGCACCUAGGUUCGUGGGCUUGGUAUUGCCGGGAGCCUAAGCUUCAACCACAUCGAUUCAUCUAUCCGCG